AUGUACCAGCAGCUGUCCUACAGACAGACCUACAGACAGACCUACAGACAGGCCUACAGACAGACCUACAGACAGGCCUACACACAGACCUACAGACAGACGUACACACAGACCUACAGACAGACCUACAGACAGACCUACAGGACACAUCACUGUGACAUGUACCAGCAGCUGUCCUACAGACAGACCUACAGACAGACCUACAGACAGGCCUACACACAGACCUACAGACAGACCUACAGACAGGCCUACAGACAGGCCUACAGACAGGCCUACAGAACCCAUCACUGUGACAUGUACCAGCAGCUGUCCUACAGACAGGCCUACAGACAGGCCUACAGACAGACCUACAGACAGACCUACAGGACCCAUCACUGUGGCACCAGCAGCUGUCCUGGGAAGUUCUAA